GUUGAAAAAGAAAAGUAGGUGCACCAAAUUUUGUUAGGUAAAAACAUGUUUACCAAAAAUGUUUGGUAAAGUGGUUUAUAAAUACCACUAGCUCUCUCAGAUCAUUUGCACACACAUCUAUCUCCCUUUAUAAAAUUACUUUGUAAUUCUCAUUUUUUACUCCUUCAAAUGGCACACCGGGCUUGGAGCGAGGUGGAGGAAGAAAUGUUAGUUACAAAUCUUACGAGCCUUGUAGAUCAGGGGGUUUGGCAAGCCGAGAACGGAUUUCAUUCCGGCUACUUAGGAGUUCUUGAGAAUCAAAUGCGAGUUUCUUUCCUCGAAGCAGGUAUUAAACAAAACCAUAUCGAAGGAAAAAUCAAAAAAUGGAAGCGUGAUUAUUUUUAUCUAGACGCUAUGCUUCGAAGUCCGGGAUUUGGGUGGAAUCCAAAUGAAAAUAAACUGGUGGUGGAAAAUGAUGUUUGGAAUGAAUUUAUCCGAGAUUGCCCACAACUGAGACAUUUUCGGGACAUGGAAUUUCCCAAAUGCGAUCGUUGGGGCCAUUGCUUUGUUCGACAAGAAAACUAGAAGUUUCAAGUUCUAAGAGGGUGGUCAAAGAAUAAAUGUUUGAGAAAGAAAUUUGUACCAUUCCGCUUUGUAUCUCAAGUAAUUAUAUUUAUUUGAGAUUAGUAAUGUUUUUCUACAUAAUGCAGUUUUCAUUUUCAAAUUGGAGAAAUUAAACUUAUAACUUCAUUCCGAAUCGAAUAGAUGUGCCAACAAAAUACAAGCUACGAAACCUAAAAUAAAAAUUAGAACAAAGUAUGUUGAUAGACUAGGUUGAUGUUGAACUUGCAAAGAACUUGCGGAUGUUGAAGCAUCGUCACUUGAUUGAUGUUCGGUUUGGACCGAUUGCA